AUGAGAUUGACUCUGCUCUCGGCCGUGCUGGUCGGCUCCCUCGCUGCUGUCGAGGCGAGCUGGACGAAGAACCUCAACUAUCGCUCGCCCUCGGAGCAUCAUCCGGGCAUGGGAAUCGCAAUUCACAAGGUCAACAAGAGAAACACACCAGAGAAGAGCUUCACGGCCGAUCAAUUGAACUUCACGCAUGGAGUCGCCUCGGGAGAUCCGUACUCUACCUCUGUCAUCCUCUGGACGCGAGCCUCGCCGAUGGUCGGCAAUGUCGGCGACAACAAGACUGUCAGCGGAUAUGCGCCUCUGUACGGCCACGGAAACUACUCCAUCUCCACAGCACCGGUCUGCGUCGAGUACAAAGUAGCCAAAGACUGCGACUUUACACAAGUCGCGACCUCUGGCAAGGCAUACACAUCCAGCGACAUUGACUAUACCAUCAAGGUCGAAGCGGGCAACUUGGAGCCUUGGACUCGAUACUACUAUCAAUUCAACAUUUGCAAUAGCACCAACGUCAGCCCAAUUGGCCGCACCAAGACUACUCCCGCGGCCCACGACAUGGUCUCGAAGGUUCGACUCGCCAUCUACAGCUGCUCAAAUUUCCCAUUCGGUUUCUUCAACGCCUACGGCAACCCCGUUCGCAAAGAAAGCGUCGACUUUGUCAUUCACCUGGGAGACUACAUCUACGAGUACGCAGGCAACGGCGACUACGGCUACGGUGCGCCGAUCGGCCGUGUCAAUCAGCCCGAGAGGAUCAUCCACACGCUCCAAGACUACCGUGAGCGACACGCUACUUACCGCACUGACAAGGAUCUCCUCCUCUCGCAUCAGACGUACCCAUGGAUCCCGACGUGGGACGACCACGAGGUCUCGGACAACACAUACAGAGACGGAGCCUCGAAGCUGAACAACACCGAAGCUUCGUUCGUCAUGGAUGGAGGUGUCUCCGUUGACCAGCGCAAGAUGAACGCAGUGCGUGCGUACUUUGAGUGGAUGCCGAUCCGACAGGUGGAGAUGGAUGACAAUCUGAGGAUCUGGAGAAACUUCAAGAUUGGAAGCUUGUUCGACUUGAUCAUGUUGGAUACGAGACAGUACGAUCGUUCGAUCACGGACUUGUACUGGAACACGGAUUACAUUCAUGCUAUCUCGAACGACGCCGGUCGAUCGAUGAUGGGAAGCCGACAGGAGAACUGGUUCUACAACACCCUUGGCGAAUCUGCCGACCGCGGCGCCCGUUGGCGAGUGAUCGGCUCGCAGACCGUCUUCAGCAAAGUCAACGAAUCAGUCAGCUACGGUAACACCAACCCACUGGACUACGACGCUUGGGACGGGUAUCAAGCCAAUCGAAACCGAACGCUCAACUACCUGACCGAGAACGAUAUUGGCAAUAAUAUCGUCAUCGCAGGGGAUUCGCACGCCUCAUGGGUCAGCGACUUGACCUGGUUGGGAACGGCGAACUACUCCGAAGAAACCGGCGCUGGCGCCCUCGGCGUCGAAUUCGCCGGCUCUGCCGUCUCCUCUCCUUGCCCCUACGGCCAAAAUAUCACCCUCAAGUCCGCGGCCAACUUCUCCAACAUCCUCGAAGCCGCCAAUCCUGAACUCCACUGGAACGACAUCUACUACCGCGGUUACUUCGAGCUGUCCUUGUCAUACGACGAAGUCAACGCGAGCUUCUUCGGCAUGCCGACGAUUGUAACGCGGAAUUCCAUGGAGAUUAGUCUGGCGAACUUUACGGUCAAGAGCGGGGAGAAUCGCUUGCAGAGACCGAUUGCGGGUGGAAAGGUGGAAAGUGGGAGUUUGAAGGGUGGUGUUGUGAUGCAGACUAAUGCUACGAAUGAUACGAGUACGGGGAUGUGGAGUGUUAGUAUGGCGGGCUUGGAAGUCGGCUAG